GCCAAUGGGUGCUGUGAAGGGCGUGGCCCGCGGGGGCAGGAGCGAGGUGGCGGGGGCUCCUCGCGUCUUUUCCCCCAGCCCCGCUCCACCAGAUCCGCGGGAGCCCCACUGCUCUCUGGGUCCUUGGCUUGUGGCUGUGGGUCCCAUCGGGCCCGCCCUCGCACGUCACUCCGGGACCCCCGCGGCCUCCGCAGGUUCUGCGCGCCAGGCCGGGGUCAGAGACUCCCGGAUCGGUUCUUUCAUCUUCGCCGCCCCUGCGCGUCCAGCUCUUCUAAGACGAGAUGCCGUCGGGCUUCCAACAGAUAGGCUCCGAAGAUGGGGAACCCCCUCAGCAGCGAGUGACUGGGACCCUGGUCCUUGCUGUGUUCUCUGCGGUGCUUGGCUCCCUGCAGUUUGGGUACAACAUUGGGGUCAUCAAUGCCCCUCAGAAGGUGAUUGAACAGAGCUACAAUGAGACGUGGCUGGGGAGGCAGGGGCCUGAGGGACCCAGCUCCAUCCCUCCAGGCACCCUCACCACCCUCUGGGCCCUCUCCGUGGCCAUCUUUUCCGUGGGCGGCAUGAUUUCCUCCUUCCUCAUUGGUAUCAUCUCUCAGUGGCUUGGAAGGAAAAGGGCCAUGCUGGUCAACAAUGUCCUGGCGGUGCUGGGGGGCAGCCUCAUGGGCCUGGCCAACGCUGCUGCCUCCUAUGAAAUGCUCAUCCUUGGACGAUUCCUCAUUGGCGCCUACUCAGGGCUGACAUCAGGGCUGGUGCCCAUGUACGUGGGGGAGAUUGCUCCCACUCACCUGCGGGGCGCCCUGGGGACGCUCAACCAACUGGCCAUCGUUAUCGGCAUUCUGAUCGCCCAGGUGCUGGGCUUGGAGUCCCUCCUGGGCACUGCCAGCCUGUGGCCACUGCUCCUGGGCCUCACAGUGCUACCUGCCCUCCUGCAGCUGGUCCUGCUGCCCUUCUGUCCCGAGAGCCCCCGCUACCUCUACAUCAUCCGGAAUCUCGAGGGGCCUGCCAGGAAGAGUCUGAAGCGCCUGACAGGCUGGGCCGAUGUUUCUGGAGUGCUGGCUGAGCUGAAGGAUGAGAAGCGGAAGCUGGAGCGUGAGCGGCCACUGUCCCUGCUCCAGCUCCUGGGCAGCCGUACCCACCGGCAGCCCCUGAUCAUUGCGGUCGUGCUGCAGCUGAGCCAGCAGCUCUCUGGCAUCAAUGCUGUUUUCUAUUAUUCGACCAGCAUCUUCGAGACAGCAGGGGUAGGCCAGCCUGCCUAUGCCACCAUAGGAGCUGGUGUGGUCAACACAGUCUUCACCUUGGUCUCGGUGUUGUUGGUGGAGCGGGCGGGGCGCCGGACGCUCCAUCUCCUGGGCCUGGCGGGCAUGUGUGGCUGUGCCAUCCUGAUGACUGUGGCUCUGCUCCUGCUGGAGCGAGUUCCAGCCAUGAGCUACGUCUCCAUUGUGGCCAUCUUUGGCUUCGUGGCAUUUUUUGAGAUUGGCCCUGGCCCCAUUCCUUGGUUCAUCGUGGCCGAGCUCUUCAGCCAGGGACCCCGCCCGGCAGCCAUGGCUGUGGCUGGCUUCUCCAACUGGACAAGCAACUUCAUCAUUGGCAUGGGUUUCCAGUAUGUUGCGGAGGCUAUGGGGCCCUACGUCUUCCUUCUAUUUGCGGUCCUCCUGCUGGGCUUCUUCAUCUUCACCUUCUUAAGAGUACCUGAAACUCGAGGCCGGACGUUUGACCAGAUCUCAGCUGCCUUCCACCGGACACCCUCUCUUUUAGAGCAGGAGGUGAAACCCAGCACAGAACUUGAGUAUUUAGGGCCAGAUGAGAACGACUGAGGGGCCAGGCAGGGGUGGGAGAGCCAGCUCUCUCUACCCGCCCCAGAGACCCCUUCCUUUCCUCUGCAGCACUUUAACCCUCUCUUCCCUAUUACUUCCGGGUGGAAAAGAAUCCCUGCAGCCUGGUAGAAUUGGGAAGCUGGGGGAAGGGUGGUCUGAGCACCCCCUCAUUCCCCUCGUGUGACUCUCUUGGAUUAUUUAUGUGUUGUGGUUUGGCCGUGGCCAUCAGGGUGGGCCACUCUCCCCUCCCCUCUUCCUUCCCCCAUCCCCUUUCCUCCCCACCUUCCCCAGACUCAGCUCCAGAAUACCUUCUUCGCUGCUAGAGAAGGGGGAUUGGAGGGAAGACAGGUCUAGACUUUCUCAGUGGGACAAACCAGAGCAGAGAGCAGGACAGGAGACAAGAAAUCCAGUUUCCCACCACCUUGGACUCCUCCCACAAUCUGGGACUUUCACUGAAUUCUUGCCACGCAGACUCUGGGCAAAGGGGGUUCUCUUUUUUUUUUUUUUUUUUUUUUGAGACAGUCUCGCUCUGUCGCCCAGGCUCGAGUGCAGUGGCGUGAUCUUGCUUCACUGCAAGCUCUGUCUCCCAGGUUCAUGCCAUUCUCCUGCCUCAGCCUCCGGAGUAGCUGGGACUACAGGCGCAUGCCACCACACCCGGCUAAUUUAUUUUGUAUUUUUAGUAUAUACGCGGUUUCACCAUGUUAGCCAGAAUGGUCUCGAUCUCCUGACCUCGUGAUCUGCCUGCCUCAGCCUCCCAAAGUGCUGGGAUUACAAGCGUGAGCCACCGCCCCGGCGAAGGGAGUUCUCUCUUGACCCCUGCAGGGAAAAGGACUCACCUCCCUCACUGCAGGCUCAGCCUUCCAGGGCAAGAGGGAACAGGAAAGUAUGUGCCCAUGUGUGGCAAGAUGGAAGGACGGCAGGCUCCCGCCUCUAGGCUUGGGGCUCUACCCCGAUUGUUUCCCAAGGCUGCCAAGAAGGAGCCCUAACUUUCUUCCUCUCCCUUCCUGGAAGGGUGCUGCAUCCACAGGCUUUUGACCAACUAAGGCAAAGAGGGGAUUUGAAAGGCUGCCUGGAAACACUGGGCUGGGAGGAGCCUUUGGAUAUUUUUAUAUACGUUUGAAAAGGGGAUUGAGAGAAGAAACCAAAGGUCGGUUGUACUAAAUGUAUAUAUAUAGAUACUUCUAUAAAGUCACUGCUGAAGACAAGCAUCCUAUUGUGGAGGUACUUGAGGACGGGCUGAGACAGGGACCAUAACUCUUCACCCCUCUUCCUCCCUCUGUCCUGCCUCAGCUCAAGGCCUCAGAAUCUUCUGGAUGCCAUUGCUCAUGCCCCUACUCACAUUUCUACUCAUUGCUUUAUUAAUAGUAAAUGCUCAAUAAAUUGUAGCUGCCA